AUGGCAUCAGGCAGCCACCUGGCCAAAUUGAAAGAUGGCAGUGAUGCAGACUCAAAGGUACCAAAACAGGUUCUGGACGGUUUGACCUCCCCAGAUGGCCUGUCUGAGCUAUUGCCUCUACAAGCCCCGCCUGUCCCGACCCACUUUGCGACAUUGGAAGGGUUGAAGGUGUCUCAACGAAACGGGCGCUUCCAAGAGGAGAUCCAAACGGCCUGGUGCUGGGAUUUGGGCGAGGGACCGAGCUCCUGGACGUCGUGCCUGGGAGGUCCAAGUGAUCUGCUGGCCGUGCAUGAGAAGUGCUGCUUCCCAACACAGGCCUUCUGCGCUCGUUGGGUGUCCAGUGGCGCUUUCUCCGACUUAGUGCGUCAAGCAGGUGAAGCGGUGCUGCAAGAGACGCGUGAAUUCCAAUUGCUGGAUUGGUGCGCGCCCAGUGAGAUGUUGAGGGAUCGACGAGCUGAGCAGAUCUGCUCGGAUCAAAGCACUGAGAAGAUGCAGCUGAUUUGCAACAUGCGCGCCGCAUCCGGCGAUUUGUUGCCUUCCAUGGCACCUCGUGGUGAAGCCAUGCAUCGCCUGUGGAAGGAUGCGCCGCGUCACCGGACCAAAGGCAGAGUUGCUUGAACUGGUCUCGAGAGUGUCAUCCAAGCAGGCAGCAGUCACUGGAUACAACCACCGUGGGCUUGCAGCACUGGGUCCGACCAUUACCAUGCCACCGUGGUCCAUCUACUACAUCUACCUGCUUCACCAAUCCUUGUGGUAUUGCAGUUUUGAGAUGCAGAUGUGGUGUACAACUUUGAGGUGAGAUGGCUACAGCAGGCCAGAUGAUUUUGACGAAGAAUCACCUCUUGUGGCUCUGGAGACUGCUUGAGUUUUGGGAGGAGGUUGCUGCGCCAACAGUAAAUUUCCAUCCAACAUCAUUGCCCUGAGCAGUGCGAGGAAAACAACACCUCAUCGCUUACAUCAAUGAUCCGUCCAGAGAUCAUGAAGAUCUAUAUAUAGGGCGGCGAACAUUUGCGAACCAUGCAGAUCGAUGUGUGCCAAGCCAAUGUACUAGACUUUGAGGGAAAAAAACUGUACAGUGGAGUGCCCUGCGAACGCAAAGGGCAACAAAAAGGCUGUUGCACUUCUGAAAGUGGAAAGCUGACAAGCAGCUAUAAGACCGCCUAUGCAUGUUAAAU